AUGGAUGCCGGGCUGUGCCCGGCCGUGGCGGCCACGGCGCCGCAGGCGCCCUCUGCGCCGGCAGCCGCAGUGCCCGUGGACGUUGACUUGUUGGAGGUGCGGGAGACGGGCGUCGGCAGGUACGGCCGGAGCGCCUUCGCCGCGGAGGCCGUCAGGGCCGGCCAGGCUCGGCGCCGCCCAAGCAGACUCGGGCCGCGUGCGCGUGGGCUCCGCAGGGGCGGCGCGCACGCUCAGACGUCUGGCAGGCUGGGCUCCGUGGCGGGCGCGUUCUGGCUUUUUUGGUGUGUGUAUGUGUGUGGCAUAUGUUCGGGGUAG